AAAAGCAAAAGGUUUGUAAAAAAAACAAAAGUAGUCAAAAAAGCAGAGAGAGAGAGAGAGAGAGAGAGGGAGAGAGCCGCUGAUCAACUCCGACACCCCCACCUCCCCAUAUUCAUGAUCAGGCGAAGCCACCAUCUUUGGCCGCGCCCGCCGUUUCUCCACUUACCACUGGUCCAUCUCCUAACAUACUAUACACUACAGACAAUCUCUUUGUAGCUGAUACAGUUAGAUCUCUCUUAUGUUAGUGACCAUAAAUUUUGCGCGUGUGACUUGAGGUUAUUGUUUGGAGGAUUAAUGUUUUAUGUCUAGGAUACUUCAGGUCCGAUGAGGCAGUAAAACUGGGGGUUUAAUUUUGAUGCCAUGUAAACAAAUCUGUCUUGGUUUGUGAGAGAUGGGACUAAACCUAAACAGAUGGUAUUAUAUAUAUAUAGCUUGAUGUUUCUUGAUGGUCAUUACUGGAUAUAUAUACUCUUAGCAGAAUCAUUUUCUUGAAAUCUCUCUAUAGUCUGAGUUCCAGAUUGAGACUUCUCCUUUGGGGGCUUUGUCUUAGUCGACACCCGUGCACUCGUUUCUGUUUCUCACAUAAAAAGCAGGUGAUCUUUCUAUGCAUCUUAUUUAGAGAAAGAGAGGGUGUUGAAAAUCCUGGAGGAUUUGAGUGGGGUUUGGUAGAUGUUGAGCUCUUGAUUUCAAAUCUAGUGUGACUUCUUCAAUAUUUAUUACUGUCGUGGAGGGAGGGAGGGAGACUAUGGUUGUCUAUGGAUAGCAGAUACGCAUGCACAAGGUAAGUACAAUCGCCGUGAUUUUGCACCGUGUAACAUUAGAUUCUCAGAAGCCAAAAGCAGACACGUUCAGUUUACUGACUUCUCUAUAUCUGAAGAAAAACCAACCUUCUCCACAUUCUUGUCUCAAAACCUGCAUGCACCGACAAAGCCAAAAUAACCCAAUUCAUCUCUCUAACAUAAUAUAUUUUAGCGAGAUAACCAAUAAAACAGAAAAGAUUGGAUUUUUAGAGUGAUACGAGGAGAGAUGCAGGGAGGAAGUGAAGAUGUGAAGCCAAAUCAAGAGAGAAGAUUGAAAUCGACACAAGGAGAUGAUCAGCAGCAACAUCAGCCGCAGCAGCCUCAAAAAUGCCCUCGCUGCGAGUCUCUGAAUACCAAGUUUUGUUAUUACAACAAUUACAACCUUUCUCAGCCUCGGUUCUUUUGCAAGACUUGUAGAAGGUAUUGGACUCUUGGCGGUACCCUGAGGAAUGUUCCUGUAGGAGGUGGUUGUCGCAAAGGAAAGCGAGCAAAAACAUCAUCUUCUAGUUCUGGCGAGAACUCGCGGUUGCAGCAACAGCUACCGCAACAACCACAUCUUUUGCAGCAUAAUUUUGCAACCCCACAAAAUAUCCUAGCCACUAAUAAUUCAGGUAAUCUUUCAAGUCCUGCGUUGAGGAACAAAGAAUCAGGGAAUUUGGUUUCACCUCCUCCUGGGAUGUCUACAAUGGGAUCUUAUUUUCCUGGUGGUGGAUUCUUGACAUCUUUAGAAGCAAUUCAGUCAUUGAAUAACAACCAGCCACCAAUACAGUCUUUCCCUCUUCAGCCUCUAAAUCAACCUGUCAAUCUUGGUGGUGUUUUAGGAGAGACUUCAAAUUUGGGUCUUUUGCAUGGUUUCAACGCCGUUCCUGCUUUUGGGUCCCAAAAUCAACAGCAAAGCCAAUUCUACCAUGUGGGUUAUAGAGAUACUAGGAGUAUUGAACAUUCUUUUUACCCACAUAAUCAAGAGAGCUUGAUUCAAUCAAGCAGGCCUGCCACCUCUUCUCAUCAGCAGCAAAAUUGGCAUCAUGGUUUUAUGAGCAAUAGUAGCCCCACUGUCUCUGAUACUGCUUUGUGGAGUACAAGCACCAGCACCACCAUAGGGCACACUAACAGUAACAUCAAUCCCACUGCUGGCUCCUCUCCCUUGAAUCCAGAUCAAUGGAAACAUGAUUUGCCUGGAUAUGGACCACCAUCAUGAUGUCUAUAGCUUCUUUAUCCAUUCUUGUAGCUCCCUAUCAAGACUCCAUAGAAACAGGCAGCAUGAGUCUCAAGGCAUUAGUAAUUCUUUGCUUUUUGUAAACAUGAACACCAAUGAGUUUCUUUUCCUUGUUUCCCUUUACAUUGGCAAAAUGAUAUCUAUAUAUAUCAUUAUAAUGUGUGGACGACAGAAUAUUAUUGUGACAUGGUGUAAAUGGAAGGGUAUGCUUUUAUGCUUA